AUGGCGCUUAAGCUCGAUAUGGAGAAGGCAUAUGACCGGGUCGAGUGGGCAUUCCUCCUGCACAACUUGACAGCCAUGGGAUUUUCUACGACUUGGACGCGGUGGAUUCGAUCUUGCGUCUCCACGGUCCGCUUUUCAGUGCUCAUGAACGGGGUAGAGUAUGGGUACUUCCAACCUGAACGCGGAAUCCGGCAAGGUGAUCCUCUGUCUCCCUUACUCUUUGCAUUAUACACUGAGGCCUUUACGGCCAAGCUACUCUCUGAAAUCUCGACCAACUCUCUCCAUGGGCUUCGAGUCCAUAGGCGUGCUCCCAUUACAUCCCAUCUCAUGUUUGCUGAUGAUACUUAUCUUUUCAUUCGGGCUUCCCUACCGGAAUGUGCUAAUCUUCUCCAUAUUUUCCAUGAGUACGAGGCCGUCAGCGGACAAAAAGUCAACCUCCACAAGCCCUCGAUGUGUGUGAGUGCCAAUGUAUCGCCGGAGGAGCUAGCGGCUCUCACUUCCUUCCUUGGCGUGGGGCAGAUGGGGAUUGGCGACAAAUAUCUUGGGCUUCCCUCGCAGGUUCACCAAUCGAAGACUUUGACCUUUCAGUUCGUCGAAGAGGCCUUGGCUGCUCGGAUUCGGAAUUGGAAGACCAAGUCACUAUCCUUGGCUGGGAAAGAGGUGGUGAUUAAGGAGGUUGGGGCAGCAUGGCCAGUUUAUGCAAUGUCGGCCUUCCGGCUGCCGUCUACGACUUGUAGGCGGUGCAAUAGCCUUCUGUCGAAAUUCUGGUGGUCAUGGCAGGAUAGAGAGAACGGGAUUCGAUGGUUGUCUUGGUAG